CCCUCUGCGCCCACACUCAGGUCAGCUGACGGGUUACGCGGAGAAUCCUCCUGACGUCAGGUGGGUGCGGCCUUCGAAGUCACGUGACGGUGAAGUCGCGCUAGGUCGGUGCUGAGGGUCCCCGUCUAGUGUGUGGUAAAGAAAAUGAGUUUUCUGAGUGGUUUAUUUGGUCCCAUUUGCGAGAUAGAAGUUGCGCUGAAUGACGCGGAUACCAGGAAAGUGUCAGAGAUUAAAACCGAAGAAGGCAAAGUAGAGAAACACUUCUUGUUCUACGAUGGCGAGUCAGUAGCUGGAAAGGUCAAUAUUGUCUUCAAGCAGCCCGGAAAAAGAUUAGAGCAUCAUGGUAUCCGCAUUGAGUUUGUUGGACAGAUUGAACUUUUCAAUGACAAAAGCAACACACAUGAAUUUGUCAACCUAGUGAAAGAGUUGGCCUUGCCCGGAGAGCUGACGCAGAGUAGAAGUUAUGAUUUUGAAUUUAUGCAAGUUGAGAAGCCGUAUGAAUCCUACAAUGGGGCAAACGUGAGGCUGAGGUAUUUCCUCAAAGUGACAAUAGUACGACGCCUUACCGAUUUGGUCAAAGAAUACGACCUUAUCGUUCACCAGCUGGCUUCCUACCCUGAUGUAAAUAACUCCAUCAAAAUGGAAGUCGGGAUAGAGGAUUGCUUGCAUAUAGAAUUCGAAUACAAUAAAUCAAAGUACCACCUAAAAGAUGUCAUUGUUGGAAAAAUCUACUUUCUAUUGGUCAGAAUAAAAAUCCAGCACAUGGAGUUGCAGUUAAUAAAAAAAGAGAUCACUGGAAUAGGUGAAUCUAUUCCAAUUCGGCUGUUCAUCGCGGGGUACGAUCCAACGCCAACAAUGAGAGACGUCAACAAAAAGUUUUCCGUCCGAUAUUUUUUAAACCUGGUUCUCGUUGAUGAAGAAGACAGAAGAUAUUUCAAACAACAGGAAAUCAUCUUGUGGAGAAAAGCUCCCGAAAAGAUCAGGAAAAGAACCAAUUUUCAUCAACGGUUUGAGCCCCAGGAACCACAAGCAUCAGCUGAAGAGCCAGAGAUCUAAUUGUACAUUUCAUUAGCAGAUGAAGGAUGAAAGCAGACAUCUAAAGGCCAAACCUCCCAUCAGAUAGUCUUCCUUCAUCUGCCGCUGCUGCAUAAAUGUACCACACUAAACAUUCUGGGGGUCUGGAGGUAAUUCCACAUGUACAUAUAUAAAUAUCGAGUGCUUUUGCUGAAAAACACUGGACCUUUCUCAGACUAGCGUUUUAUAACUCGCUUCAUUUUAAUUUUCAGGUUAUGACAUGGCACAUACAUUAAAGGGGUGGUUCACUUUUAAAGUAACUUUUAUUAUGUUAUAGAACAACCAAUUCUAAGCAACUUUUCAAUUGGUUUUCAUUAUAAGUUUUAUAGUUAUUUUCCUUUUUCUUCUGACUCUUUGCAGCUUUCAAAUGGGCGUCACUGUCCCCUUCUAAAAAAACAAAUGCUCUGUAAGGCUACAAAUGUAUUGUUACUUUUUAUUACUGAUCCUUCUAUUCAGGCCCUCUCCUAUUCAUAUUCCUGUCUCUUAUUCAAAUCAAUGCAUAGUUGCUAGGCUAAUUUGGACCCUAGUUACCAGGUUGCUUAAGAUGCAGUUUGAAGAGCUGCUGAAUAAAAAGCUAAAUAACUCAACCACAAAUAUUAAAAAAUGAAAACAAAUUGCAAAUUGUCUCACAAUAUCCCUCUCUACAUCAUACUAAAAGUUAUCUCAAAGGUGAACAACAACAUUAAAAGCUCAAACUAUUUCCUUUUCUUUUUGUUGGUGCAUGUCAGGCUGGUGUAAAUGGAAAAUGAAAUGCCUUUCCCCUCAUACUGUUUGUGUCGGCUAAACUUGUUUCUUAUAUACGUUUGGAAUUUGGCAGAUAAAUUGUCCCCAGAUCUUGGGUUUCACCUUUAAAAUGAGGCCUUUACUAAACAUCAGAAGCUGUUUGUAUGUGUGGAUUUUAUCUGACACUUGUGGUUUCAUCUCUAAGAUGCCAAUCUCUGUCUGUAUGCCAAAUGGUUAAAUCUCCAAUAUUUUUUAUAUAUACCGUGGGACAAACACAUUUGCAGCGUAGCUAAUAUAAAGAGCUAAACUAUUAUUCAGAGAAUAAUUAAAUAAGGAAAUAUUUUUUCUUUUUCUUCUUUUUGUUCCCUCUGACAUAAUGGUUAAAUAGACAUUUCUAAUUUGCAAUGUAUAUAAAUUGCUUUAUUAUAUUGUAAAAGUAUUUUAUACACCCCAGUGUUGGGGAGAGAAAUACUGAUGAAAAAUAAAAUCUUAUGAACCGUA